AUGGCAGCGCUGGAUCAGAUGGAGUAUCUGAUGCACCAGCCCGAGGUUGCGAGGGGGCAGGCCUCAGGCACAGGCUUCCAUGGGCUGCCACAGCAUCAGGGAUGCCCGUACCUGCGCUCGCAGCAGCAACAGCAGCUGGAGCAACAGCAACAGCACCAGCACCACCAGGGGCACGGGUCGGGCCUUCCUCACCCACAGCACUUCGACUCUCCGGUGCAGGGAUUUCAACCCAUGGCCGGGCACCAGCUGCCGCAGCUGUCGCAGCUGGCACACCUGGCACAGGGCGGGCCGGGCAGCAGCAGGGUCUAUCAAGGUGCAUUGGCAGGCGGAAACCACUUGCAGGCGCCGCAACAGCAGCAAACCAACUCUCAAACACACUCGCACUCACAUUCACAUUCACGCUCCGAGACCUCCUCUUCCACGCAGACACAACCUCAGCAGCAGCCUCAGCCUCCAUCACAGCAACUCCCACCCCUCCAACACCCGACUCUUCCGUAUCCGCAGCCCUAUUUGCAAUCCCAUCUGCACUCGCACGUUUCUCCUCCCUACGAUCCGGUGCACUCUGCCAGCGCAGCGUGGUUUGCCGUCUCGAAUCAAGUCGGCGGAUGGCCCGCUCCUGCAUUGCACUCGCAUUCUCACUCGCAUUCUCACUCGCAUUCUCACUCGAACGCGUACUCGCAGACCAGGCCGUCGGGCUCUGAUCCAUCCUUUAGCGAUUCCGGUGGUAGCGGCGGGGCUGGUCUUGUGCAACCUCUUCUGGUGCCAAACCAGCAAUUUCUGCCACAUCAGGACCAGUACUCGCCAGUUUCCUUCCAAGGGUACCACCGAUCUGCGACCUACCCGCGAUCCUCCCUCGUCCUUCCCGUGCCCCCUCAACUCUCGAACCAGGCAAACAGGCACGGCCAGUCCGACGAGAACCAUUUGGAACCGCCAAAUCAAACCGUCAGCUCGCACCCGCCAUCUGCCACCAUGAAUGCCGAGCAAGAUGGUGCGCCUCCGCCAACUGGGCGGGGAGGUUUUACCCUUCCGUCUCUGAACCCUAACUCUGCUCAAAAUCAGACCCAGAAUCAGACACAGAAUCAGCGUUUGGCGAGCCUCCGGCCGGCUGCCCAGGCCACAUCCAGGUCCGGGGAGUCGAGCCCACCCGCUCAAACUUCGUCAGCCAACCGUCCGGCCACCUUUGGACUUCCUACGGAACCAGCGAGAUCAUCUAACGAUACCACCGGGGAAGGCCCAUCGUCGUGGGCGAGACACAACUCCCACUUGUCACUCCCCCCCCACUACCCUCACAGUGACCUCUACCCCCGCUUCCAACGCAAUGACCCCUACCCGCUGCCCAAUCCUGGUCUGUCGAUCCCUCCACCCCCAACCACCGGCUUCUCAAAUAACAGCCAACGACGCCAUCCGAUGUCACGCCGUAUGCAGCAGCCUGAUCACGACAGCGACGAGGACCUCGGUUCAUCCGCCGAUGAGGACGAGUACAUGAUGCGUUAUAUCGACCAAUUUGGCCUAGAUCCGGCCAACUUCCGCUCUUUUGGUCCAGAGGCCUCCAUCCGCACCGCCCAACUACUUCGCGGUCAGCUGAGCACGAGACGGGUGGCGAGCAGGAGGGCUAUCGACCAGCUCCAGAGCGUCGAUCUUGACAGUCUCCCAGAGAACGAGAGAACAUGCGUCAUUUGCUACAACGAUUUCGGCCAGGCGAGCCCGGAGGGUGUCAUCGAGGCCCCGUUGCGCCUGCCCAAGUGCCAGCACGUCUUUGGAGAUCAUUGCAUCAAGAAAUGGUUACUCGAGUCGGACAGCUGCCCCUACUGCCGUGACAAGCUCCCAUCCGAGUCCGCUGUCACUUCUGGUUUGCGGGCCUUCCAGAACCUGAUGCGUAUGCGCCAGAGGAUGCCGCUAACUGCGGUCCGAGCCUCUGACGAUUCGUUAAUGCGCAUGAUGGGACAACAUGAGCAGCUCGACGCUGCCCGUACCAGGGCUCGCCAGGAAGGUGCUUCGAAUAGGAGAUCGCCCCCUUCCGAGGCCGAAGGCCGCAGGAGAACGCGCGCACGCCAUAGUAGCUUCCACCCAGGGCAUCCGGCCGGCGGCUUUGCUAGCGCGCCAGGCAGCCGUGGCUCGACUGGAGCCCCGCCUCGGCAGCAGAGCCCCCCGACUCGUGAGCGGGCUCUGCCGAGCGACCAGAGCCUCUUCUACACUUCUAGAGACAUGGGCCACAUGUCGAGCGCCGGCCUCCAGGUUCAGCAACCAACGUCAACGUCGAAUGCGGGUCCCGCGGGAUUUAGAGGGGCCAACCCUGCCCCCGGGCACCCCCUCCCGAUGAUUAGCCCGACCUUCUAUCCCAGCGUAUCGUUCGGCACCGCCGCGGGGACUCCAUUCUCGCAACAGCUGCCCCCCCUGGGGUCUCUCGGUGCGCCAAACUUCCCGACUACCGCGAGCGGCGGCAACACGGGCAUGAGCACUGGUGGGGCGCAGAGCCAGAUGCAGUAG